GUGGAUUGCACCACAAGUCUAAGCGACUAUUGGGACAUGCAUUAUGGAGUUGCCUUUUCAAGUAAUUUGCGUUGUUACCUGAUUUUCGUCUCUUCGUUGAGUUAUAAUCUAGAGUUUCAAUCGUGAUUAAAGACACAAAAUUAGAUAAAAAAAAGUUCAGCUAGACGAUCGUUUUACACCGGUGACAUAUAAUGACUGUGAGCUGGAAGAGGAAAGAAAGAAGUCAUUCCUUGUCUAAGGAAGAGACAAUCUAGAUUUAAAAUUAUAACCUCACAAAAUAAUUUAUAAAAACCUCGUGAAUAAAAUGAGAAUUUUAUAAAUAUUUUUUAGUUUAGUUUCAUAAUUAGAUCUACGAUGAAAUUCCAUUAUAAGUUUCAAAAUCUAUUGGGAACAGUUUAUAGAAAGGGAGACUUGUUAUUUACUCCAGAUGGAAAUUCUGUAAUAAGUCCAGUAGGAAAUCGAAUAUCAAUAUUCGAUUUAAAAAAUAAUAAAUCACUUACCCUGCCAAUUGAAAGUAGAUACAACUAUACAGCUUUAGAUUUAAGUCCCAAUGGAUGUAUAUUACUAGCAAUAAAUGAAGAAGGAGAAGCACAUUUAAUAAGUCUAGUUUCACAAACUGUAAUUCAUAAAUACAGAUUCAAGAGAAAAGUACGAGCAGUAAAGUUUAGUCCAGACGGUAAACAUAUUGCUGUGUGCAAAGAAAAUAAUGUUUUUGUUUUCAAGGCGCCAGGCCCUUAUUCUGGCGAAUUUAAUGCUUUUUACAUGGAACGGGUAUUCCAUGGUGCCUAUGAUGAGACAACUUGUCUUGAUUGGUCUUUUGAUUCUCGUAUUUUAGCAGUAGGAUCCAAAGAUAUGGCUACAAAGCUAUAUCCUCUUGAUAAAUGGAGUAAUUUUCAUAUAUGCUCUUUAGGCAGCCAUACAGAAGGUAUAGUUGGUUGUUUCUUUGAAGGAAAUAACUAUGAUAUCACCACUAUCAGUAGAAAUGGACAAAUGUGCAUUUGGGAAUGUAGUUUAGAUCCAGAACAAUUAGUUGCUAAAGAAGAAAUACCUUCAAAAAAGAAGAAGCAAACAAAUGAUUCAGACGAAGAUGAUGUUGAUGUAACAAACAGUUUAGAAAAAUCUGAAGAAGAAAUAACAAAAGCUUUAAAAGAAAUAGAUGUAAAUGAUGAAGAAUCGAAAGAAACUAGCAAAUUAUUUUACAAACGAUUAGGAAGGCAUUAUUUAGGAGAUGAAGUGAGAAAAGAAAAUAGAGAAGCACUUUUGACAUCUGCUGCUUAUCACAAAAAGACGAAAAUUUUAAUUACAGGUUUCUCCACUGGCGCUUUUUUUAUCCAUGAAUUACCUGACGUCAAUGUAAUCCAUUCACUUAGCAUAUCAGAACAAAAAAUCAGUUCCAUAGCUCUUAAUAAUACAGGAGAUUGGAUAGCGUUAGGUUGCUCUGGAUUAGGACAGCUAUUAGUCUGGGAAUGGCAAAGUGAAACUUAUGUAAUGAAGCAGCAAGGUCACUCAAAUAACAUGUCCUGUGUAACAUAUUCUACAGACGGUCAAUUAUUAGCUACAGGUGGUGAAGAUGGUAAGAUAAAGUUAUGGAACAUUCAUUCCGGAUUCUGUUUUGUUACUUUCCAUGAACAUACCAGCGCCGUUACAGGGGUGGCUUUUAGUGGUAACAAAAAAUUUUUAGUUUCGGCGUCUUUGGAUAGUACAGUUAGAGCAUUUGAUGUUAUCAGGUACCGUAAUUUUAAAACUUUCACAUCUACCAGGCCUGUGCAGUUUUCUUGUAUAGGAGUAGACAGCAGUGGAGAAUUUGUAGCAGCUGGAGGUCAGGAUAUUUUUGAAAUUUAUUUGUGGUCCGUUAAAACAGGAAGGUUAUUAGAAAUACUAGCAGGACAUGAAGGACCAGUUUCGAGUUUGGUGUUUAGUCCAACUCUAGCAAGUACCGUUAUGGUUUCAGUAUCAUGGGAUAAAACAAUGAAAAUUUGGGAUGCUAUAGAAAAAGGCUCCGCUCAUGAAACUAUUGAUUUAACCUCUGAUGGAAUGUGUGUUGCUUUCAAACCAGACGGACAAGAGGUAGCAGUUGCCACGUUAAAUGGACAAAUUACAGUUUUCAAUGUAAAGACUUCAUUACAAAUAUCUUCAAUUGAAGGAAGAAACGAUUUAGGUAGUGGCAGAUCGGAAACUGAUUUAAUAACUGCUAAAAAAAAUUUAGAAGCUAAGUCUUUUACUUCUUUGUGUUGGUCAGCUGACGGAGAAUCGAUAAUAGCUGGAGGGCAAUCAAAAAAUGUUUGCAUAUAUAAUGUAAAAGAGGGUUUGAUACUUAAAAAAUUCGAAAUUACCCAGAAUAGAUCAUUAGAUGCAGUAGAUGAUUUCAUAAACCGUAGAAAACUCACGGAAUUCGACAACAUAGCAUUAAUAGAAGAACGAGAAGAGAGAGAAGGCGGUAACGUCGCUAUAAAAUUGCCGGGAGUUCGUAAAGGUGACAUGUCUGCAAGGAGUAUCAAGCCGGAAAUUAGAGUAUUUUCUUUGCAAUUUUCACCAACUGGUCAAUCGUGGGUGGCCGCUACUACCGAAGGACUGCUGAUAUACGGAUUAAACAGUUCCUUUGUAUUUGAUCCUUGGGAUUUACAAAUUGGAAUUACACCUAAAACUAUCAGGGAUGCUAUUAAAGAAGAAGAUUAUAUUAACGCAUUAAUGAUGUCUCUGAAGUUGAAUGAAGUAAAUUUGAUUCAGGAAGUUAUUGAGAGCAUUCCACUUAAAGAUAUUGAAUUGUUAGUGAGAGAUUUAGAAGAAAAAUAUAUAGAAAGAUUACUGAUAAUAAUUGCAACUUUUGUGGAAGAAUCUAGACAUUUGGAGUACUAUCUUUGUUGGGUACAACAAAUCUUAACAUUGCACGGACCAAAAAUUAAUCCACAAAAAAUGUUACCAAGUUUAUUAGCUCUGGAAAAGAGUUUGGUCAGGAAAAAUGAACAGUUAUAUAAAAUCUGCGAUUAUAACAAAUACACUCUAAAAUAUGUGGCAAGUCUUGGCGAUACAAUUAAUAAGAAAAAUGAACUUAAAAUGGAAAUUGAGACCGAAGAUGAAGAAGAAAGUGAUUUGGAGAUAGAAUAGAAAAUUGUUUUAUAAAUUGAUUAAUAAAAGCGAUCUAAAACCUCA